UGAUGCCUCUAUAUACCAGCUUACAAACAAUUUGAUAAUGAAACCAAGGCAAGAUACUUUUCUAACAGGACAUAUUCUCCGCUUUACCUGUGAAGCAGAUUUUACAUUAGAAGGCCCUUCAAGCAUAUACUGCAAAUCAAAUAACACAUGGAGUAAUGAAACAACACCACUAUGCAAAGCUUGUUCUUAUCCGGGAUCCUUAAAAAAUGGUUAUUAUACAGAUAGUAAAGGAAAUAAUUACACUUCUGACGGUAAAGAUAUUAAAGAAGUAAUCACGGGGCACUGCAAUCCAAACUUUGCAUUGCAAGGGAACAACAACAGAACUUGUCAACAGGCAGGAUAUUGGAGUGAUGGUGAUCUAAAGUGUGUUGCUGCGACAUGUGAACCUCCAAAAGACUUCACGUCAAAUGGCAUUUAUAGUUUUCCUAAUAGGUCCGAGCCUUCAACUGGUAAAUUUAAAAUUGGAGAAAAAUUAAUUCUUUCAUGCAAUAAAGGAUCCUUUUCAACGGAUAAUAAUUACAUUACAUGUAAAAUGGGUGGAAAAUGGUCCUAUGAUAUGAGUAAAGGGUGUCAACCUGUAGAGUGUAAGGUGCCAGGGAAAGAAAAUAACGUAAAUUACACGAUAGUUAGUGGUUCUGGCAAUAUCAUUUAUACAGGAUUAACAUUGCCUUACCGUAGUCAGCUUAAUAUCAUUUGUCUAGAAGGGUACAUUAAUACCGUCAAUGGUAAACUAGAGUGUAAUGAAAAUGGGCAUUGGUCUGGUGAAACACCUUUUUGUAUCAGAGUUACGUGCAGUCCCCCAAAAAUACUUAAUGGCUGGUAUAAAGCCAGUAAAACUACAAUUGCAAUGCCUACAUCUUUCGGAUAUAAUGAACAAGUAUAUGUUAAUUGCAAUGUUGGUUAUGUACUUAAAACGCAUUCACAGCGAACCUGUAUAGAAUUGAAUAAGUGGAGUGGACAGGAAACAAUUUGCGACAAAGUAGUUUGUGCAAUGCCAAUGUGGAGGUCAAACGGUAAUUAUAUGGAUGAAAAAGGUGAAUUGUUAACACAAGAUAAGAUGGAAUACAACACAAGCAUAACUUUCCAUUGUGCAACUGGAUUUAGAUUGACAGAUGGAUCAUUUAAACGACGAUGUGAUGCAACAGGAAACUGGAGUGGAAAAAAUCCCACAUGCUCACCUAAAACAUGCAUCAAACCGGAUGAGAUAUGUGGGUAUUAUGCUAUAAACAGAUCAAAUGAUCCGCAAUCAAACCUACCAUCGGAUAUCUCAUAUAACACUACACUUCUUUUUGUCUGUAACAAUUCCAAAUAUUCUUGCGAAAACAAUACCUAUGAGCUUAAAUGUUCAGAGGAUGGAAACUGGCUUGGAAAAAAGCCUCUUUGUGAGAUCAAACAGGCACAUUCGGAUCACACAGACGCGACCGCCACAAAUUCUGAUGCAAUAAUAGGUGCUGUUUGUGGAGUGGUCAGUGUUCUAAUAAUUGGAUCUGUGGUUGUUGUCACUGUCAUUUUUAUAAAAAGGCGGAAUGCAUUGAGACAAAACAAGCCGGACGAUGAUAGACAGUCGUUUCGAAGUUCGCUUACACAUGCAACAGACCUUGAAAUGAGCAUUGAUAGCCAAGAAACGAACUUUGGAACAGAUACAGCAAGGAACACAAAUGGAGUAUAUAUCAAUACCACAGUUGGAGAUUCCAACAACCAAACCUACUAUGAUUUUAGAAACACCGAAUCGUUGCCUAAAACAGCAAUAAAAGUAGAUGAUCUUCAAGAUAUUGUGUUUAAUGGAAGUAAUGUGAAUAAAACAUUCGAAGCUCAGUUUAAGGCCCUACCACAAGGUAUGGUUGAAAACUUUUCUGAAGCUGUCAAGCUAGAAAACAAAGGGAAGAAUAGAUAUACGAGACUUUAUGCUUAUGAUGACACACGAGUUGUUCUAAACACAGAGGAGGAUUCAAUCUCGGAUUAUAUUAACGCAUGCUAUGUACAUGGUUUCAACAAAUCAAGAAAAUAUAUAGCGACACAAGGACCAACAAAGAACACCGUGGCAGACUUCUGGUGGAUGGUUUGGCAGGAGGACACCAGCAAAAUUGUAAUGCUGACAAACUUAAUAGAAGAAGGAAGGAAUAAGUGCAUAAAGUACUGGCCUGAUGACAUGGAGGAAUCUUUUGGAAAGUUAAAGAUUUGCCUUAAAAAGGUGGAAACACAUUCCCAGUUUGAUAUAAGGACUCUAUCGGUUAAAAAGGGUAAUUCAGCUGAAAAGACGGUUACUCAGUUUCAUUUUACAGUAUGGCCUGACAAAGGUAUUCCAAGAUAUGCAUCUGCUCUAGUUCACUUUUUGAAAAAGGUGAACAAUGCACCUACUCACGGUAGUGGUCCGAUUAUUGUACAUUGCAGUGCUGGAGUUGGAAGAACUGGAACCUAUAUCGCCCUAGACUAUCUUACAGACCAGGGGAAAACACUUGGAUAUGUCGAUGUUGCUGGGUGUGUUGAUUCUCUAAGAAAGCAGAGAGUUAGUCUUGUGCAAACAUUGGACCAGUAUAUAUUUGUUCACCGCGCAUUGGUUGAAUCCCUAAUGAUGUCAUCAUCAACAGUUCCUGCACAGAAAUUCCAAGAACGAUAUUGUGAACUUCAACAAAUAGACCCCAACAAAAAUAAAACAAGAAUUUGCAUAGAUUUUGAGAAUCUUCAAAGAGUCUCGCCACCAUCUGAAGACAGUCUGUACGUAUCAGCAAAGCUUGUUGUAAAUAGACAAAAGAACAGAGACCCUAAUGUUCUGCCAGUUGAGGAUUUCAUGCCGUUCGUAACAAGAGAUGAUGGGAAACCUAUCUAUAUCAAUGCCGUGUUCUUGCCGAGUUACAACGAGAAGAAUGCAUUUAUCAUAACACAAUCGCCUUUGAAAAGUACACGAGAAGAAUUUUGGAUGCUUGCCUGGGAACAAGAGGUUCACACUAUUGUUAUGUUAAACAGCACCGAUGAGAUAGAGAAUGACGAGAAAUAUUGGCCUGAGGGGAAACCAACUGUUUUCGGAAACAUUCAUGUUUCAAAAGUAUCAACUGAUACGGCCAGUGACCAUAUCGUUUUGACGCUGUCCCUCAAGAAAAACGAUACGACACGACGUAUCAAACAAAUACAAUGUGGAGGGUGGAGAAAAGGCAAUGUAUUACCUGAUUCGCCAGACACUAUAUUGUCCUUGCUAGAAACCGUGCGGGCAUGGCAACAACAAACGGGAAAUCUUAAAAUUCUUGUUCACUGCAUGAAUGGAUCAGAUAGAAGUGGCUUGUUUUGUGUUAUAUCAUCAGUCAUAGAACGUAUGAAAAUUGAACAAGAUGUUGCUAUAGCGUCUGUUGUAGAAGAGAUGAGAAACGCUAGAGAACAAAUCAUUCCCUGUUUAGAACAAUAUCAGUUUUGCCAUGAAGUGGUUCUUAACUUCAUACAACAGUACGACACAUAUUCAAACUUUCGAAGUUAAUAGAAUUACAAACAUUCAUGACCAAACCAAUAAAAACCAGAAUUCAACUAUCCGGUGCUUCAAAUGUGCUGUAGUUUGUGUCAUCAGAUGUUAUUAUGUUUCUUUUUGAUGAAUUUGAUGAAUAGAAUUUCGCUUUGUAAAUAUAAAUAUACAUUCUAUAUCACAUUUGUGUUUACUAUUAACAGUAUAGUAAA